UACACAAUUGGUGUGAUGGCCUGGAUACAAGCCCAUCAAGCAUUUGCUCGAGGGCCAAUCAGUAUAAAAACAUUUUUGGGGCCAAUUCUCAUGAAGAUUAGGUAGCAGAGAUGGUUAAAGUUGCUAUUAUUUGGGUUUCUCUUGUUGGAUGCCCUGGGUUCGAGUUAUGGAUAGAGCAUUUCUGGGUCAAUUUUUUUUUCUUGCUUCUAGCUUGCAAAAUGUCAGGCACGGCCCUGGUUGGUUCACGUGGCCAACUACUUUACUUCUCAAAUUAUGUGCUGUUCAGCUAUUUUGUUAAGUCCUUAAAAAAGAAUCUUAAAAUAGAAACUUUUGACUUAGUUUGUAGAGAUCUAUUAUUCUUCCUAUUUGUUCAUUAAAAUAAGUCAACAGGACAGUCACAGUGUUUUUCGUUACCCUCAAAGAUGUGGUUUUGGGGAUCGAAAGGAGCAUCUGGAUUCUCGUCUAGUUCCACCGCAGAAGAUGUCACUCAUGGAGUUGACGGAACUGGCCUCACUGCUAUUGUCACUGGAGCAUCGAGUGGUAUAGGAGUAGAGACAGCGCGUGUUCUUGCACUGCGUGGUGUGCACGUGGUUAUGGCGGUGAGGAACACUGUCUCCGGUGCUAAAGUUAAGCAAGAUAUCCUCAAUCAAGUCCCUGGUGCUAAACUCGACGUCAUGGAGUUAGAUCUCAGCUCAAUUGAAUCUGUCAGGAGAUUUGCAUCUGACUACAAAUCUACUGGUCUUCCACUAAACAUCUUGAUCAACAACGCUGGGGUAAUGGCAUGUCCUUUCAUGCUCUCUAAGGACAAUAUUGAGCUGCAAUUCGCAACUAACCAUCUAGGCCAUUUUCUGUUGACCAAGCUUCUGCUAGAUACAAUGAAGAACACAUCACGUGAAAGCAAACGAGAAGGAAGGAUUGUUAAUCUAUCAUCAGAAGCUCAUCGGUUCUCUUAUCCUGAAGGAGUCCGGUUUGAUAAGAUCAACGACGUAUCAAGUUACAGUAGCAUUUCAGCUUAUGGUCAGUCUAAACUCUGCAACGUAUUACACGCCAACGAGCUUGCAAGGCAACUGAAGGAAGAUGGAGUCAAUAUAACAGUAAAUUCACUUCAUCCAGGAGCCAUUAUGACAAGUCUUUGGCGCCACUUCAAUAGCUAUUUAGCUGGAGCUGUUAGUGCACUGGCUAGCUAUUUUAUAAAGACUGUUCCGCAGGGGGCGGCAACAACUUGCUACUUGGCAUUGAGUCCUCAGGUUGCAGGAGUUACAGGAGAAUACUUCAGAAAUUGCAAAAUUACUAAACCAUCAUCAUUUGGACAAGAUUCAGAAUUGGCCAAGAAGGUUUGGGACUUCAGCACUAAGCUAACAGAUUCACAUUCAGGAGAAAGUCAUUCUUGAAAGUAAAUUGUUUCAGAUGAAUCUUUACUUUGAUGGUUUUCAUGUGUGAUUUCUAUUUCAGUAUUUUGACAAAAGGAAAUAAAAUAACAUAACAAACCUUAAUCA